AUGCCCAUCACAUCGAUACAUGCCGCACAACGCCUGGACUCACGAGGACAGCCAACCGUACAAACGACUUUUACUAACGAACACGGCACGUUCGUUUCCAUUGUCCCAUCUGGUGCAUCGAAAGGAGACUACGAAGCCGUAGAGCUUCGCGAUGGGGACAAAAGCAAAUAUCAAGGCAACGGCGUUCUGAACGCGGUGCAUAACGUGGAAAAUGUCCUCGGACCAGCACUUAUCAAGGCGAACCUCGACCCGUCCACGCAGCUCAGAGAAAUCGACGCUCUUAUGAUCGACCUCGACGGAACCACGGACAAGAGCCGUCUGGGAGCUAAUGCCAUUCUGUCUCUCAGCAUGUGUGCCGCCCGUGCUGGCGCUGCUGCAGCUAGUAUGCCAUUGUACGCCUUCCUUGCGAAGGAAUCGGAGACGAGCACAGACAAUUUCGUUCUCCCGGUACCGUUCAUGAAUGUCUUGAACGGCGGGGACCACUCAGGCAAUGCAAUGGCUUUCCAGGAAUUCAUGAUUGCACCAGUUGGCGCGACAUCAUUCUCAGAGGCGGUUCGCUUCAAUGCCGAGACCUACUCAUGCUUGAAGAACUUGAUUGUGAACAUGCAUGGCAAAGCGGCUAUCGGGCUAGGCGACGAGGGUGGCUUUGCGCCGCCCAUCUCACAUCCCUAUGAAGCGUUGGAUCUGUUGGUGCGGGCGAUCGAGGACGCAGGUUACACGGGAAAGAUCAAAAUCGGAAUCGAUCCAGCGUCGCAAUCGUUUGAAAAAGAUGGAGUCUACAACAUGGGUUUCAAAACAGACAAUGCACAAGAUAUGAGCCGCGAAGAGCUUGCUGGGCUCUAUCAUUCUCUGUUGGACAAGUACCCGAUCGUACUGCUAGAAGAUCCCUUUGGCCAGGAUGACUGGGAAGCAUGGUCGGCUUUCAACAAGGACUGCAAGGUUGAGCUUGUUGGAGACGAUUUGUUAGCGACGAAUAUCGAUCGGGUGAAAACAGCAACAGCCAAAAAUGCUUGUAACAGUCUGUUGCUGAAGAUCAACCAGAUUGGGACUAUCUCAGAGGCCCUCGUUGCUGCUAAGGAGGCUUUCUCCCACCAAUGGUCUGUAUUUGUGUCUCAUCGAUCGGGUGAAACGACGGACGACUUCAUCGCGGACCUGACGGUAGGCGUUCGGACGGGCCAUUUGAAGUCUGGAGCGCCGUGUCGAGGAGAGCGCGUAGCGAAGUACAACCGCUUGAUGGAUAUCGAGGAUGAAUUGCGUGCGAGGGGAGUGAAAUGUACGUAUGCUGGAGAGGGCUUUAGAAGUGCGCAUACCAGCUAA